AUGGCUGAGGAUAUCGCGGUAAGCCUCCUCGCUCAAUAUUACGGAAUUUCCGAAGAAUCGGAAACUAAAAAAUUUCCAUCGAUCCAGGAAUGCGUGAGCAGUAUAGAAAAUGACUCUGAUAAAUUGAUUGACGAGCAAUCGACCGUGGAUACAAACGGUGAUGAUACAUCCAAGGAAACGGAAGUGCAGGAAAAUGAUAUUGAAAACAAGGAGAAGAAUUCCGAAAUUGAUACCUCAGCGAGAUCUUCACGAGCAUUGAAAUGGGAAGCAAUAGAAGACAACGAAACAACAUCAUCUGAGUUCGAUAUUAUUUUCGAGACAAAUGCAAUGGGCAAUUUAUACGAAAAUACGUACACUUCCUCUGGUAAAGAGACACACGAUCUUACCGCAUGCAAUAAAACUGCCUCUACUACUUUAGGUCUAGAAGAUAAUGAAGAGAACGAUUUGUAUCUCUCGCUUAGUGAAGAUGUACUGCUGGAUAGUGCUUCAGACGUCUCUUCAGUAGCGGAGAAAAAGAAAACUGCGAUUAUGUUCGUUCCACCUUUGACACCGCCACCAAAUAGAACUCCGAUAUACAAUGAGACUUUUGUAGAUUUAACGAGCACUGGCCUUACGUCAUUUCCUAUUGAAAUGCUUGAGAAAUAUCCUGCGAUACAAAUGCUAUAUCUAGAGAAUAAUAAUCUUUUCGAGCUUCCCGAAAGACUUUUCAUUUCCCUGCAAAAUUUACAAUGGUUGGACGUUCGAAAUAAUCUAUUAACAAGUUUACCUACGACCAUUAAAUCACAUCCUUCGUUAGAGACCAUCUUGUUGCAAGGAAAUAAAAUCGAAAAAUUGCCACUAGAACUUGGCCUUGUGCCGAAACUUAAAAUUCUUAAUGUAGCACAUAAUCCUAUCACUACUCCUCCAAAGGAUAUUAUAGUUCUCGGAUGUUCAAGUGUUCUCAGCUAUCUUCGAUCUGAAUGGAAUAAAUUGCAUCCGAAUGAGCCCGUGACAGCCAUGAAACAGGAAAUUGAGCCGAAAGCAUCAACGAUCUUAUGUUAUCGAUCUCCGCGUGAAAAGCGAUGGAAAUUGUCAAAAAUUCCGCGGCGAAUAUCGAAAAGUACGAACGACAUCAGUGAUUCAUUCAAAGGCUCUGCGGUUAGAAAGAAAAGUAAAACUUACAAGCCUAAUAACAGAUGCGAAGGUACAGGUAUUAAUAUUGUUAUGGAACAACGGCAGCAAUGGAUUUCUAAAGCGAAAGAUUUGCUGAGCACACAAUCGGCAACAAUUCAAAAAAUUAAGAAUUUAGAUACUGUAAAAGAAUGGAGACAUGAUAAACGAAGCUUCAAUAAAAGCAUGGAAAAGAUAUCGAGAAGAAAUGAAGAUGAUAUUCCAUUCGCAAUCGACAUUGAAGAUUAUCCUACAAUACAGAAACGUUCACAAAAAGCGGGAGACUAUACAGGUAAUCAGAAACAGGAAAAGUUAAAAUUAGUAAAUAUAAAUCAGAAGAUUCAAGAAUUGUCGGGAUUCUUGCAAAAGUUUGAAAUUACAAAAUCUUCAGAAAUAUUAACGCCUAAAUCUAAACAAAAAUCUCUGCAAACUGAAAUUGAAAAGCUCUCACAUUUUCAAAAAGAAGUACAUAAUUUAAGAAGAUACAACGAAAUUACGUCAGCUCCAAUGAAUUUUCCAAACAAUUUAUCUUAA